AUGAUCAACUUAGGCGCCGGCAAAAAUAAGAAGGACGAGGUCGGAUAUAUGCUUGUGAGUGGAUGCCGUGCCUAUUUCGACCAGUUUAAGGACGAUGCACCUGCUGUAGGGAAUGAGGCGACUGACGAGGUGGAGACGGUGGAGGAAAGGGUCGAAGAUGCGGAGACGAACCAAGACGGCAGAGUUGGGAGGGCUGAGGCGGUGACGGUGGCGUCGAUGCAGAGAAGUGCACGCGAGGACGACAGGCGGGGAGACGGUGCCGCGGCAGUAGAAGAAGUGGCGCCAACGGUUGCGGAAGUACCUUAUUCCCGGAGGCGCAGAGCCCCUGGUCCGGGAGAAUGGAUAACCGCAGCAGAUGAACGGGGGAGGAGGGGAGGACGACAGCUCAGGUUUUCGGAACGUGUUAGGAGGUCUGCUCGUCGCGACACCGAGACGAAGAGAGAAGGGGUGGGGACGCUGGCUGGAAACUUGCAGACGGACCUGGCGGGGGGAUUGGAGGAAGGCGAGGAGGGUGUAGAAGAUCCGCAGCAACCGGGAGAGGCGGGUGUAGAAGAUCCGCUGCAACCGAGUGACACCCGUGAUGCUAUGGAGCGUGUGGGACGCGGCGUGGCAUGUGCAGACGUUGGAGUGGGAGGAGUGGAUCUCGCCUGCAAUCUUCGGCAGCGGACAGAGAAGGACGUGGGUUUCUUGAAAAGUUGCGCAUCAAGGGUAAAGCGGAAGGUGGCCGAAGAGGCACAGAGAGUGGACGUCGACGAGCCAGAGGCGACCGAAAAGGCGCAAAAGGAGGCGCCGAAGAUAGCGGAGGCGGAUGUGCUGCAAAAGGCGGACGCAGAGGCGCGGAGAAUCGCGGCGGUGGAUAAGCAGAGGAAGAAUGAUGCAGAAGCACAGAAGGUCGCGGAUGCAGGGGCGCAGAAUAAGGCGGCGGAGGAGACGCAGAAGCUCGCAGAAGCAGGAGCGCCGAAGAUGGCGGAUGCGCCGGCGCAGCAAAAGGCAGAUGCUGAGACGCAGACGACAGCAGAUGCAAAGGCCCAUAGGACUGAAGAGGUCGACUGGCAGACGAUUGCGGUUGUAGAGGAGCAGAACUUCGCAGAGGAGGAUGUGCAGAAGAAUCCGGAGGAGGCAUCGAAGCUUGCGGACGAGAAGGGGAAGAGGAAGGAGGCCGCAGAUGCAUCAAAGAGUGCAGAGGAGGAGGCGAAUAUGGAGGAGACUCUAGAGGCGUCGAAGAUUACGGAGGAGGAGGCGAAGAGGAAGGAGGCUGCAGAGGCAUCGAAGCCAGCGGAGGAGGAGGCGAAGAAGAAGGAGGCUGCAGAGGCAUCGAAGCUUGCAGAUGAGGAGGCGCAGAGGAAAGAGGCUACAGAUGCGUCGAAGAUCGCGGAGGAGGAGGCGAAGAGUGCUGAGACUCCUGAGGCUCAUAAGACCGCGGAGGAGGAGGAGAAGAAAAAUGCGUCUGCAGAGGCGUCGAAGAAUGCAGAUGUGGAGGCAAAGAGUAAGGAGGCUGCGGAGGCGUCGAAGCUUGCGGAUGAGGAGGUGAAGAGGAAGGAGGCUGCGGAGGCGUCGAAGCUUGCUGAUGAGGAGGCGAAGAGGAAGGAGGCUGCAGAGGCGUCGAAGCUUGCGGAUGAGGAGGCGAAGAGGAAGGAGGCUGCAAAGGCGUCGAAGCUUGCUGAUGAGGAGGUGAAGAGGAAGGAGGCUGCAGAUGCGCAGAAAGCAGCGGAGGAGGAGGCGCAGAAAACCGGAAAUGACGCGAGGAUUUUGGAGGACCAAGGGGUGCAGAGGAGGGCUGACAUGGAGCCGAUUCAGUCGGCAGCAGAUGAUCGAAUAGGACGUGAAGAACACAGGACAGUUGCCGCUGAUAGAGGGGAGGAUGGGGUAGAUCCGUGGGUGCGGAGGUUUUUGGGAAAUACAAUGGAGAGGUCAAGUAGAGGGGUUGAAGAUGGCGCGGCGAGGGUUGUAGUGGAACGUCAAAUGCAGAGGGAGCACGAGAGAGAGUUAGAGGAGAGCGGACCUCAAAUGCCGACGUGGGUGGAGGUAGAGUGGGUGGAGGCAGAGGCGGCCAUUCGGCGGAUGCUGCGGCGCACGAGUACGGUCCUGGUUGAACAGGAGGACGGGUUCGUCGAGGAGGAGAGCUGGGACAUCACCCCAGGAGAGUCGGGAGGGGAGUUGAAGGAGGGGAUGAUAAGGGAGGGUGUAGAGAGGCUGACAGAGGUUCUGAGACAAGACUCCGAGCGGCGGAACAGGGAGAUACAGCAGGCGGAGAAUCGGCGGCAGAAGGAGGAGGCGAAAAAGAAGGAAGCAGAGGCUGCCGAGCGGCUGAAGAAGGAGAAACAACGGGAGGAUGAGCGUAGGCAGAAAGAGGAGGCGAGCAAAAAGGUAGCUGAAGAGUCUGAGAGACGGAAGAAGGAGAAUCAGCGGGAGAUGGAGCGCCUGCAGAAGGCGACGAGAGAGGGGAUGAAGGAGAUGACGGAAUUGAUGAAGGUGAUGAAGGAGAUGAAGGCAGGUUUGAAGGAGACUAAGGAUGGGAUGGUAAAGCAGGUGGUAGAGGGGCUGACAGCGGUUCUGGCAGAGGACUCCGAGCGGCAGAGGAGGGAGAGACAAAAGGAGGAAGAGGAGAAGACAAAGGAAGCAGAGGCCACAGAGCGGUUGAGGAAGAAGAAACAGCUGGACGAAGAGCGGCGGCAGAAGGAUGUGGAGGAUGGAAUAAAGGAGAUGAUGGAGGCUGUGAAGGAGAUGAAGUCGGGGAUGAAGGAGUUGAAGGAGGGGAUGCUAAGUGAAGGCCUCAUUGCCCUUCGCAGUUGUCUUAGUUCAGCUCGUUCCCCCUUAUCGCAGAUUGGCGAGUGCAGCAGUCGUGACCUCGGGUCGCCCAGUAAGCCACGCAUCCUCCCCUCUAUGACCGCCAUAGAGGAGGAGCAGAGUAAGAAGGCAACGGAGGCCGACCAUCUGCAGAGGGAGAAACAGCAAGAGGUGGAGCGGCUACAGGAGGCAGACCGGCAGCAGACGGAGAAACAGCAGGAGAUGGAGUGCCUGCAGAAGGAGGAUGCGCAGAGGAAGGAGGCAGAGGAGGCAGACCGGCAGCAGAUGGAGAAACAGCAGGAGAUGGAGUGCUUGCAGAAGGAGGAUGCGCAGAGGAAGGAGGCAGAGGAGGCAGACCGGCAGCAGAUGGAGAAAUAG